GGUUUUUCUUGUACGUGCUCUAUAUAUUGGAAUGCGUAAUUUACGAUGACAGGAAUUUACACGUGUCAUCAUUUAAAAGGAAGGAUAGUGGGCCCGAAGAUCUGUCCCCUGCUUUUGCAACACCGUGAAAGCGUGCAUAUUGUCUACAUUGCCCCGACGGACAAAAAUUCGAAACCACGAAAGAGGACAUAACAGGGUUUUGGGUUCAACUCUCAUUACUUUUCCAUUUCCACCCUUUUUCGUUUUUUUGGCGGGCGUGUUCGGUGUUCCAUCACACUCGAUCGUUAACUGCCGUUUUUGGCUGAUUAGUCCAAGUGAAAAAGGUUCCUCCUGCAUUGUGAUUGCUGGUCUAGAAUUGGAGAAUUUCUGUUGAGAGUUGAGGUAAUGGGUGGAUGCAUUUCAACAAUGCAGGGGAGGGCGAAGUCGUCUCAAUCAAGGCCUUCUUCAAAGAGUGGAUAUCCUCAAGCCCAUUUGCCAGCUUCUGAAGAAACUCAGAGCUAUUACAAUUCCCUGAUUGAGGUGACUCGGGCUCUUGAACAUGCUGGUCUCGAGUCUUCCAAUCUUAUUGUGGGUAUAGAUUUCACAAAGAGCAAUGAGUGGACAGGUGGAAGGUCAUUUAACACAAGAAGCUUGCACCACAUUGGGGAUUGUGGUCCAAAUCCCUAUGAACAGGCGAUAUCCACUAUUGGAAAAAUCUUGGCUGGUUUCGAUGAGGAUAACUUAAUUCCAUGUUUUGGCUUUGGAGAUGCGACAACCCAUGAUGAAGAUGUCUUCAGUUUUUAUCCGGAUGACAGACUUUGCAACGGAUUUGAGGAAGUAUUGACAACCUACAGGAAAAUUGUUCCUUUUCUACAACUUGCAGGUCCAACUUCAUUUGCACCUAUAAUUCAAAUGGCCAUGUCUAUCGUUGAGAAGAGUGGUGGCCAAUUCCAUGUCCUGUUGAUAAUUACGAGCGGUCAGCUUGGUGUGCAGAAGCAGAAGACAAUUGAUGCCAUUGUUGAAGCAAGCAAGUUCCCUUUAUCAAUUAUAUUAGUUGGUGUUGGUGAUGGACCCUGGGACAUCAUGAAGAGACUUGGUGACUCUACUCGUAGUCGGGCAUUUGAUAAUCUCCAUUUUGUGAAUUUUAUGGACAUUGUGACAAAGAAUGUGCCACCUUCACAAAAGAAGGCCGAAUUUACACAAGCAACUCUGAUGAAAAUUCCUUCUCAGUAUAACGCAACAAGAAACUUAUCUAUGUCAGGUGGUCAGACUUUUAAGAGGGCUCCACCUGCUGUAAAUUCUACCAAUGAGAAUGAGGAUUGUACAUUGUGCGUCGGUAAUUCAGUGAACAUGGUCUUGUAUUGCGGGCAUCAGAUAUGUAGCAAAUGCAAACCAAAGAUUUAUCAUUGUCCAUGGUGUCGGAUUCCUGUGGGCACCGAAGAUCACAAAUUGAUUUUAGGGAUCUGAAAAGACAUGUUUCAAAUGCAGGCGAGCCCUUCAGUUAUUGCCAGUAUGCAGAAGCAGCCAUUUACAAGAUCAUUUUUUGUAAUUGAAUUGUUGCAGAAACUACACGAAAGUCAAAUAGUAUGUAGUUGGAGUCUUGGAGACCGAUGCAAGAGGAAUGUUUGUGUCGAUAAUAGACAACACUUUGUAACCUCCAAGAUCGGAUGUAAUUUGGGUGUAUAGAAUCAAGUACAUGGCAAAUGAUUUUACAUAGAGAUACAAAGCAGGGUUGG